UUUAAAAUAUCUUUUAUUCCGGUGUGGGAGCCCUUUCCGCCAGCCUUUCCCCAGACCCGGGCCACGCCCAUCUGCAAGCCCUGGAGAUCCGGCCGAAAGUUAAUGUACCCCAACAGCCUCCGAGGCGAAUAAAGUACACGGACAGACGCGCACACGUGCACGUGUGUACGGACGGGCAGGACUCGUGCAGCCACCCACUCGCCGGGAAGGCACCUGCAAGAGCUGUUAAAGUGUCAUUGGGUUGUUGUCAUAGUCAUUGUCAACGUUGUCGUUAUCUUUAUUUCACAUCAACGACAUAGUCAUCAUCAUCAUCAUCGUCAUCGUCAUCGUCAUCGUCGUCGUCAUCGCCGUUCGUUGGAAUCUCUCGGAUGCAGUCUGCCACUGCCGCUGUCCGAGCCGUUUGCCCAUCUAGCUAUUUUUUGGAGGGACUCAGGGAUUUUCCAACCGCAUUUUCAUUAUUUUUAGAAAGGGGUGUAACGUUCUUUGAGAACAAUUCAAUAUUUUACAAUGCAAUUCAGAAGAGAAUGCACUGGACAGCACUGGGAGCGAGUGUCGGAGCUCCUGACCAGGACCCUGCGCCCCUGAACCCCUUCCAAGGCCCUAACCGAAACGUUCCAGGAGUUGGUCCAAGGCUCAUCAUCAUUGUCGACAACAGCAUUGCCGACAACAAACAACAAUGCCGGCAACAACAGGAACAACAACGGGCCGCCCUCAUCAACAAUUUGCAGUAAGAAAAACAGGAAAAGCGACCACACACACACGGACAUGUCACCCACAGACCAACACACACCGAUACAGAAGCCAUUAGCCGGCGAACAGCAUCUACAUAUUAACGUUACGGAUAUUUUCCUACCAAAUUGCAAACACGGAGAGAACGUUCGUUGCACAGCUCAGUGAUCUAAACCAAUUGCCGGCACCAAAGAACCGGGGUCCGAGGCGGGCGGCGGCAUGGCAAGGGAGGGAAAGACGGGACUCGGAUGCCCACUUCAUUGCAUUUGCCGGAAAUCUCAGGCGCAGAGUGUGCGAAUGCACGGAGGCCAAGGAAAUAAGAUUAAUUGGAGCUUCUGAAAUGGAUUUUAAUUGUUAUUUAAUAAGGAAUACUGUGAAUUCCCCGUGGGACAAAAGGCAACGACAGGCUCAAGAUUUUGGCAAGCCUAAUGCAAUUAUUAGCCCAGAGGUGAGAAGGGAGAACGAGCAUGGGACCAUAUGGACUUAAAUUGGAGAGGUUUUUCUUGGUAUAAUUAUACUGGUCAGGAAUAAUUUGUCUCUAUAGUGGAAACUUUACACGUACUCUUCCCUAAUGCAACAUACGAAUAAGGAAACAGGAAGAGCUAUUUAAACCGAUUUCAGUUUGUACUAGAAACAGAUUUCCAAAAAUAAUAUCUUACUAUUUUUAAUAUUUUUCGAG